UCAGAACUUGUGUUUGUUGCGGACAGAAUAUCGCGCUUUCUUUGUUUGUUUUACAUAAUGAAGUGGUUUUUUAAAGUGUUAUUGUUGAUGUUUAGUGGAUAUGUGCUUGAAUCAACUUAUUCGUUUUCUUAUCAUACGGCCCUUCACUGCAAGGAAUACCAGUGCAUAUAUGGAUACACUUACAAGACGUACUUCAAAGUUAGCGGACUGCAGAGACGUCGGAAUACGUCUGACCCAAGUGUAAUAUUUGAACUGCAUCUCGCUAUUCUAGCGGCCAGCAAUGGACAUAUACUUCUAUCUACCGUGCCUAUGCCGACUGCAAAUGACCCUGUUUACGAAAUAGUAAUUGGCGGUGGAGGCAACAGAUUCACAGAACUCAGACGUAACCUGAAAAGAAACGCCAAAGUCUCAAGUAAAACAAUCGGAGUGUUGUCGCCGAUUGAUUUCAGAGAUUUUUACAUAAAAAUUACUGAAGAUGGUCUAAUUGAAUUCGGCAGAGAAAACGAGCUCCUCCCGAUUCUGAGCUAUUUGGACUCGGACCCGAUAACAGUGAAAUUUUUCAGUUUCGCAGCUUGGAGUGGUGUUGAAGCGAAGUUCCUCUAUGAUUGCCCAACUAAUGUAGAACAGAAUCAUUCAAUUUUUUCCGAAAAACCACCGGACACAAAGCGUGUUGAAGCAAGAUUAUCAAACUCGGAUAGACUGAAACGGAUAUUACUUCAGGGAAAGGAACCGUUGUUGCCACCAGAACAUCGUAUGACGGUCAGCAUGCGAAUCAAAAUCACAAGUGUAGCCUAUGAUGCAUUUGAGUCUAAAUUGUCAACGGGAAUUGCUUUAGUUUUGAAAUGGACAGACAACAGCAUGGCUUGGAAUCCCAGUAAAUUUAAUGGAACUAGUACAAUUUCUCUUCGACAAGGACAAAUUUGGACCCCGGAAUUUCAUGUUUUCAAUUCAGACUCCCCGGGAAUGAUUGAGGCAAAGAGCCCUGAGAUGAUAACGAUGGUAAACAGCGGUGAAGCAACGUUUCAUCUGCAGACUGUGGUUCAUACUUGGUGCUAUGAUUAUAAUACCACAUAUACCAGAUGGCCUCGAGAUGUGUACGAGUGUUCAAUCGUGAUACAACCGUGGGAGGCACAUGAUAAAAUAGACAUACAAAAGUUAACUGGUGAUCAAGAAAUAAAUGCUUUUGCAGAUGUAGAUGAAGUGUUUCAAGGUGCUUGGGAGCUGGAAAAGAGAGAGUACGUCGUUCUUGGAGACGUGUGGAACAGCAUCUACCCAACAGCGAGCAAUAAAACUCAUCAAAGCGACCGAUACAUCAUCAAGAUAAAUAUUAAAAGACAUGCCACUGCGUAUAAUAUAGCGUUUUAUACACCUUUACUGAUAUUAAUGACAUUCGUGCUGUUAUCAUUCUACAGCGAGCCAGUGUGUUUGAGUCGUAUUUGGUUCUACUCGUGCUGUAGCAUCAUUAUAUGUAUUGGCAUGUGCUUUAUCGAUAAUCUAGUUCCCAGCCAUACAAUACCUACUGUUCUUCUUUUGUAUACUGUGCUACUGUGUGGUGUAUUAUUGGCGCUUUUGAUCCAGACGAUACUGAUGACGUCAGUAGGUAAAGUUUUCUCCAAUAAUAGUCUAGUGCAGAAGCUUCUUAGAGCACAAUAUGUUCGUUACAUAUUUGGAUUACCUGUUUUAAAGGCGUGCAGAAUCUACGAGACAAUAAACGAAGGAUUUUCAAGGCGCGAUGAUGAGGACACUGAAUCGGAUUUAGUAUCUUCAAGGAACGAGGAUUUGAAUGACGAAACAGCGGAACACUCGAGUUGCAAGGAUUUAGCUAUUGUGUUCGACAAGACUAUGUUCGUUGUUUACUCUAUUACGUUUGCGGUUAUGUUGGGCUUACAUUUUUGAAAAUAAAGACUAUAUCAUGAUAUAA